GAUUUUGGGGGGGAAAUUCCCGAUUUUGGGGAGGAAAUUCCCGAUUUUGGGGGAAAUUCCCGAUUUUCAUGACAAUUCCCGAUUUUGGGGGGAAAUUCCCGAUUUUUGGGGAUUCUCCCGGUUUUUUUGGGGGGUGGAUUUCCCUGUUUUUAGGGGUUUCCUGGUUUUCCGUGAGGUUUUUCCCAAUUUUUUGGGUGGAUUUCCCUGUUUUUUACGGGGUUUUCCUGAAUUUCCAGGGGUGGGGACAGACACGGGGACAGGGGGACAGCGGGAUUUGGGAAUAUCAGGAUUUGGGGACAGCGGGAUCUGGGAACGUCGGGAUUUGGGGACAUCGGGAUUUGGGGACAUUGGGAUUUGGGGACAUUGGGAUUUGGGGACACCGGGAUUUGGGGACAUCGGGAUCUGGGGACAGCGGGAUUUGGGGACACAGGGACAUCGGGAUCUGGGAAUAUCGGGAUCUGGGAAUAUCGGGAUCUGGGGACACCAGGCCUCCAGGCCCUGCCAGGCCGCAGGCGCGGGGACAAGGACACGUUUGGGGACACCAGGAUUUGGGGACAUCGGGAUUUGGGGACAUCGGGAUUUGGGGACAUUGGGAUCUGGGGACAUCGGGAUCUGGGGACACCAGGCCUCCAGGCCCAGCCAGGCCGCAGGGACAAGGACACGUUUGGGGACACCGGGAUUUGGGGACAUCGGGAUUUGGGGACGUCGGGAUUUGGGGACACCAGGAUUUGGGGACACGGGGACAUCGGGAUUUGGGGAUAUCAGGAUCUGGGGACACCAGGCCUCCAGGCCCUGCCAGGCCGCAGGCGCGGGGACAAGGACACGUUUGGGGACAUCGGGAUUUGCACGUCCCGAGGCUCCAGGACAUCGGGAUUUACACCGGGAUGGGGACGCUGGGAUGGGGACAGGGGGCUGGGGACACCGGGAUUCGGAAAUAUCGGGAUUUGGGGACAUCGGGGACACGGAGCCCCAGGCCUGGCAGCGGCGAUGGCGCAGGGACAAGGACACGGGGACAGCGGGAUCUGGGGACACUGGGAUGGGGACACAGGGACAUCGGGAACUGGGGACAUUGGGAUUUGGGGACACUGGGAUUUGGGGACAUUGGGAACUGGGGACAUCAGGAUUUGGGGACAUCAGGAUUUGGGGACACGGGGCCAUCGGGAUUCGGGACCUCAAGGACAUCGGGAUUUGCAGGGCCCAGCGGCGCUGCUGGCACGGGGCCGAGGUGGCAGUGACACGCGGGGGACACUCGUGACACACUCGGGGGACACUCGGGGACACUGGUGACACGCGGGGGACACUCGUGACACACUCAGGGGACACACAGAGGACAAUCGUGACCAGCGUGACACGCUCAGGAGACAAUCGUAACACGCUCGUGACACGCUCGGGGACACUCGUGACACACCCAGGGACACUCGUGACACACCCAGGGACACUCAGGACGCGCAGGGGACACUCGUGACACGCUCGGGGACACUCAUGACACACCCAGGGACACUCAGGACACACUUGGGGACACUCAUGACACACUUGGGGACACUCGGGACACACUUGGGGACACUCGGGACACACUUGGGGACACUCGUGACACGCUCGUGUGUGGCCUGGGUGACGCAGGAGCCUCAGCAUGG